AUGUCACACGAACAGGUCGACGUACCCGUUACGAACAAGGCGUUUGUGCCACUCGAAAACAACCCGGAAGUCAUGACCAGCCUGGUGCGCGAGCUGGGGCUGUCGCCAACCCUCCAAUUCCACGAUGUCUACUCUCUCACCGAGCCGAGCCUACUUGCGUUCCUGCCCCGACCGGCACUGGCACUGCUUCUCGUCUUCCCGGUCACCGAGACGUACGAGACAUUCCGACGAGCCGAGGACGCCUCGCGCCAGGAGUACGAAGCCAGCGGGAGCGAGGACGAGGUGGUAUGGUUCAAACAGACGAUCCGCAACGCAUGCGGCCUGAUCGGACUCCUGCACAGCAUCACGAAUGGCGGGGCUCGUGACUACAUCAUUCCCGGUAGCGAUCUGGACAAGCUGCUCAAGCAGGCCAUCCCGAUCAAGAACCCCGACGAGCGCGCCGACCUGCUGUACAACAGCCAGGCGUUGGAGGCGGCCCACGCGACGGCCGCGGCCAAGGGUGACACGAGCGCGCCAGAUGCCGAAGCUAAUGUCGAUCUACAUUUUGUUGCCUUUGUCAAGGACAAGAACGGAGAUGUGUGGGAACUGGAUGGGCGGAGAAAGGGUCCUAUCAACAGAGGCCAUCUGGACCCGGAUGAGGAUGUGUUGGGUGACAAAGGUCAGGAGUUGGGAGUCCAGGCCUUCCUGAAGAGAGAGGAAGAGGCUGGCGGGGGAGAGUUGCGCUUCAGUGUGGUCGCCCUGGGUCCCAGUCUGGAAUGA